CUGUCAAGGACCAUGCAUGGAGUGCCUCACAUGAACAUACUGAAUUUCUCGAACGCCAGGUUGACACAAAGUUGGGCUGCAGUGGCAUUAGCGGACCGGAGCCCGUUCAUGACAAAUUGAUCCUGUUCCCAUGAUCGCAAAUGACCUAAUGCACACUACAUAACUUAUAGAGACCGUUGACCUAUUCGUUGAAAGAGCGGUAUACUUUCAUUCUCCGAACAACUAUCCUCCGUACCUGGCCCGAGAGUCGAGACAUGGCUUUGAAGCAAGGUGACGCCAUAGAACUGGACAUCGUGGAGCAGCGCCGAGAAUUCGCUCGCUCGAGGACUUCCAUAUCAUCCGGGAAAGAUAGCCUGCGUGAGCUCGUGCACGAAACAGAGAAUCACGCUAGAGAGUCUGCCGCAGCACAGAGUGUAAAAUCAAAGCAAGAGGCGGUUUCGAGAGGUGCAAUCUCUGCGGUUAGAUUCCGGUCCUUCCGCCAGCAUAGCAAGGUCCACUUCGUCACGCUGUUAUACUCUUAUUUCUUGCAAGGCUUUAAUGAUGGCUCGCUGGGCCCGUUGCUCCCCCGCAUACAGCGACACUACGAUAUCGGAUUCGACAUCGCCUCCUUGCUAUUCAUUUGUAUGACACUGGGCUUCAUUGGCGGUGCAAUCAUGAACAUCUAUCUGAACGAACGUCUGGGUUUUGGCAAGGUUGUUGUAAUAGGCCUCGGAGCGUUUGUAUCCCCCCUAGUCGCGACUCACUUUGCUUUUGCCCGGCAUUGGUCAUUUCACUACGUCGUUGCAGCCAGCAUCGCGGCGAGCAAUAUCGUCGCGCUUGCGAUCAUUUUCCGUUUCCGUCAGCAGGCAGAGCUCAUGGAAGAGGCUGGACAGACGGUUCAAACGACGGAAGAAACGGCUGCUCCAGAGGGCAAUGUUUACCGGCAAAUCUUGCGUCGCGUAGAGAUCCACGUUCUGGCCAUAUUUUGCUUGAUAUAUGUCGGUGUCGAGGUAUCCAUUGGAGGUUGGAUUGUCACAUUCAUCGAGGACAAGCGCGAUGGAGGAGCAACCGCAGGCUACAUCUCAUCCGGUUUCUUUGGAGGUCUGAUGCUGGGCAGAAUUGCUCUAAUCUGGCUCAAUCGCAAGCUCGGCGAGCGUUUGUCGAUCAUUGUCUAUGGCCUGUCGGUCAUUGCAUUAGAGGUCACCGUCUGGGUAGUGCCUUCACUACUGGAGAAUGCAGUGGCAGCAUCGCUCCUAUAUAGCUGGUUCCGCUGUCCUGCCUUUGAUCGCAGGUCUCCUGGCUUCGAAAUUUGGUAUCGGAACUCUCCAACCUCUUGUUGUUUCGAUGACGUCGACUAUGAUUGUCAUAUGGAUUCUAGUUCCACGACCGCGUCGCGUGGAGUAGUUUGCGAGCUCAUGAAUGCCACUGUCUGAUCUAUGACUACUGGCUUUGUAAAUAUAGAAUGGCGUUGCAAUGUAAAGCGCAAUAGAAUAGUACGAAGAGUAGUUC